ACUUGUCUACCUGAUAUAAUAUAAGGACCUUACAGGUUCCAGACAGCGGCUAUUUACACGCUUCAGCCGGUCAAGGCGGAUAUAAAUAACUGUUAAUUAGUUAGGUAAGGAAUUGGAGAGGGGCCUGGUUGUGAUAAUUUGAUACUCGGACAGGUAACUCAAGCAUUGCUGAUCGUCGGAGCAUCCAGUCCAUAGGCUAUAUAAGUCUUCAUCGGCUGUUAUCAGUUACCACAAAGCCUUACAUAGUCUGCUUUGAAUUACGGCGAGGCGAGAUCAUCAAAGCGGGUUAAUAUGUCACUCACUUCAAUCCUUUCUGCGGAGGCUAUAGAGAACGCCGUCAAGGAGUUCCAAGCCCCAGAGUCUUUCAGCUUCAAGAAGUUUUUCCAGCUGUGUGGCCUGUCCUCCAAGUCUCCCAAGGAAGUCAAAGAUGUCUUCCAGAUCCUUGACAGCGACAAUAGUGGUUACAUCGAGGAGGCUGAGCUCAAGUUCUUCUUGCAGCGGUUUGUCCCAGGGGCACGGACGCUGACUGACACUGAAUGCAAAGGCUUCCUGUCUGCGGCCGAUGACGACAACGAUGGCAAGAUCGGAGUAGAAGAGUUUCUGACCAUGGUCCAGUCCUGAGGGUUCCAUGGGAACAGAGCGAGCGGCAGGUGUUGUUCUUAUCUUCUGCCUCCAGCCUCCAGUCUAUUUCCUCAAGACCACAGUAGAUUAACCAAUUCGGUUUGCUCUGUUCUUCUGCUUGAAUUGUGCCGUUCAAAAGUCUUUUUUUUCAGAGCCCGACCACAUUCAGUGACACGAUGAAACCGUUUUUAUUUGCAUUUUGAUUACGUUCUAGAAGGUUGUAUAGAUGUGUUGCCCCAUGUAUCCUUCAAUGCACAGCACAUUGUUGACCAGAUAUUAAUAAACACAUGGUAACUUAUAGUG